AAAACGGCCACGAAUGUCGUCAGUCUUCGAGUAACCACGAAUGAAGGAAGUUGAGGAGCAAUGGCUGACACACGUGGCAGGUGGUUAAUAGCAGUGCUUCUUCUACAAGUGGUAGCAGCUCAAACCGAACCGAGCCCGCUUAUCAUCGGUGGCAGUCCGGCUGCACUGGGAGCUUUCCCUGCACACGUCGGCAUUCACAUUGGCCAACCGCAGACACUGUUCUGCGGGGGAACAAUCCUGAACACAAACCACAUCCUAACAGCGGGAAGCUGUGUCCUCGAUGGGCAAAAUAUGCUACGAGGGGCAGCCCAAUUCGCGUUUCGCAGCGGGGUUGUCAUAAUCGAUGCAAACGCUCCAUCCGUAGGGAUAGAUCGUGUGUUUGUCCACCCGUUGUACAACCCGUUUACUUUCGAGAACGACAUUGCUGUGCUGAGGGUCUUCGGUACGAUUAACUUUCCACAGGUCGCCACCCCCAACGUAGCACCGGCCGAGCUGCAGGAUCGCAUCGUACCCGAGAACAGCGCUUGCCAGGUGGUUGGUUGGAACUGGCAACCGAACGUGGCCAAUCAAGCUCUGCAGCAGUUGGGUGUCCUUGUGCAUCCGCGGGUCGCAUGCAACAACUUAUUCAAUGGUAUGAUUCAGAAUUCGAUGCUUUGCGUGCAGCCAACCGUUCAGACCCAAGCGCUUUGUUUACCGAACCGUGGCGGUGGUUUGUACUGCAACGGAAGACUGACCGGAAUCGUUUCGUUCGGAUUGGGAUGCGGUGCCAACACGACGGAAACGGCUACCGUGGUCACACAGGUUCGAUACUAUCAGCAGUGGAUUCUGCAACAGUUCGUGAGGAAUGAUAACCCGCAAGCGGGUACGACACCGAUGCCUGGGAUUGGAGGCGGCUCGGCUAGUCUCCUCGUCUCUGCGGCAGCCAUUUUGUUUGCAACGAUCAUGAUGUUGGUAAUGCGAUAAGCGUCAGGAGCAUUGCUGGUCAGUUUCUUUUAACGACAGUGAAUUCAACUCAAUACGAAUAUAUUCUGUAGCUUUUAAAUUUUAUGGAAGAAAAUAAAAUUAUUUACAAA